ACAGAAGUUUCACUAUGGAUCCUCUUGAGGGGACAGAUGAAGGAUUCCCACCCUUCACAAUCCCUCCUUUUGACGGUCUGAAUAAAUCUCAGAGCCAACAGCAGCAGCAGGAGAGGCCAGAUUCUCCUGCACCCAGCUGUGUGUCCUUCAAGACCAACAACUCCAAAGAGCUGGACUAUGUUUUUAAAGGAGAGCAUUCUCCUGAAACAGGGGCCCAGGAUUGGAGACCAGACUCUCCUGUACCCAGCUGUGUGUCCUUCAAAACCAACAACUCCAAAGAGCUGGAAUAUGUUUUUAAAGGGGAACAUUCUACUGAAACAGGGGUCCGGGAGGGAAGACCAGACUCUCCUGUAUCCAGCUUUGUGUCCUUGAAGACAAACAACUCCAAAGAGCUGGACUAUGUUUUUAAAGGAGAGCAUUCUCCUGAAACAGUGGCCCAGGAUUGGAGACCAGACUCUCCUGUACCCAGCUGUGUGUCUUUCAAGACCAACAACUCCAAAGAGCUGGACUAUGUUUUUAAAGGAGAACAUUCCACUGAAACCAGACUACAACUGGAGAUGUCAGAGAUUCGUCGUGGUCAGUUUGCUGUGGAGCAUGAACCCAACAUGGACCCCGUGUUUGUGGUGCUUGAGGAGAACAUUUCCCUUUUUGUGAAGAAUGAGCUGAAGAGGAUGCAGAGGGAUUUAAAAUCGGAGAGUCCAGAUAAAGAGGUUACGGACAGCCAUGAGGAAAAGCAUACGAGGAGCAUCAGAGAGGCGUUUCUGAAAAUCGCACUGCAUUUCCUGAGGAGAAUAAAGCAGGAUGAGCUGGCUGACUGUCUGCAGAGCAAGUCCCAUGCUCUAUGCCAGCUUAAACUGAAAUCAGUUUUAAAGCAGAAGUUCCAGUGUGUGUUUGAGGGCAUCGCUAAAGCAGAACAGUCAACCUCUCUGAAUGAGAUCUACACAGAGCUGCACAUCACAGAGGGAGGGACUGCAGAGGUCAAUGAUGAACAUGAGGUCAGACAGAUUGAAGCAGCAUUCUCCCACAUGAAGACGUCCCGAAGCCUCCACAUCAUGUGUCACAUCCCAGUGUUCUGCUGGAUCACUGCUACAGUUGUGGAGGAGCUGCUGAGAAGCAGAGAGGGAGGAGAGCUGCCCAGCACCCUGACUGAGAUGUACAUCCACUACCUGGUGGCUCAGGCCAAGCUUUGGAGUAUCAAGUAUGAUGGAAGAGCUGUGACAGAUCCACACUGGAAUCCAGGCAGCAGGGAGAUGGUUUUGUCUCUGGGGAAACUGGCUUUUGAGCAGCUGCAGAAAGGAAACCUGAUCUUCUAUGAGUCCGACCUGACAGAGUGUGGCAUCGAUAUCAGAACAGCCUCAGUGUACUCAGGAGUGUUCACACAGAUCUUUAAAGAGGAGAGAGGACUGUACCAGGACAAGGUGUUCUGCUUCGUCCAUCUGAGCGUUCAGGAGUUUCUGGCUGCUCUUUACGUCUUUCUGACUUUGACAAACUCCGGCAUCAAUCUGCUGCCGCAGUCAAAAAUCUGGUGGUCGAAUCUUUUAAGGGAAAAAUCAAAACUAUCGUGCCUUCUCAAAAGUGCAGUAGACAAGGCCUUACAGAGUCCAAACGGACACCUGGACUUGUUCCUGCGCUUCCUCCUGGGUCUGUCACUGCCGACCAACCAGAAGCUGUUAGGAGGGCUGAUGACAAAGAAGGAGAGCAGCUCCUGGACCAAUCAGGAAACAGUGGAGCACAUCAAGAAGAAGCUCAAUGAGAAUGUGUCUGCAGAGAGAAGCAUCAACCUGUUCCACUGUCUGAAUGAACUGAAGGAUGGUUCUCUAGUGGAGGAGGUCCAACAGUCCCUGAGAUCAGGACGUCUGUCCACAGAUGAACUGUCUCCUGCUCAGUGGUCGGCUCUGGUCUUCAUCUUACUGUCAUCAGGAGAAGAUCUGGACGAGUUUGACCUGAAGAAAUACUCUGAUUCAGAGGAGGCUCUUGUGAGGCUGCUGCCGGUGGUCAAAGCUUCCAAGAAAGCUCUGUUAAGCGGCUGUAAUCUGUCAGAGAAAAGCUGUGACGGUUUGGCCUCGGUUCUCAGCUCCCAGUCUGCGAGCCUGAGGGACUUGGAUCUGACCAACAACAGGCUGCACGACUCCGGAGUGAAGCUGCUGUCUGCUGCGCUGAAGAAUCCACAGUGUCGACUGGAACUACUGAGAUUGAACCAAAACAGUCUCACAGAGGAAUGCUGUUCAGAGUUAUCAUCAGUUCUCAGCACCAAGACCUCGAGUCUGAGACACCUGGACUUGAGCUACAACGACCUGCAGGACUCGGGGAUGAAGUUGUUCUCUGCUGGACUCACGAGUACACACUGUACACUGGAAACACUCAGCCUGAUCGGCUGUAACCUUUCUGAGGGAAGUGGUGAAGCUCUGUCCUCAGUUGUCACCUCCUCUCCUCUGAGAGAGCUGGACCUGAGCAGCAACGACCUGCAGGAUUCAGGAGUGAUGGCCUUCUUUGUUGGACAGGAGAGUCAACACUCGAGGCUGGAAACUCUGAGGUUGACUCGAACGAGGCUCACCGAGAAGUGCUGUCAGGAGUUAUCGUGUUUUAUAGCGAAGUCUUCUCGUCUGAAAACGCUGGACUUGAGUGACAAUGACUUGCAGGACUCAGGAGUGAAACUUCUCUCGACUGGACUGACGAGUCCACGCUGCCCGCUCCAAACUCUCAGGCUGAGUCAAACCAACCUCACUGAGAAAUGCUGCGAGGACAUCUCAGACGUUCUCAUCUCUGAGUCCUCCAGUCUUGGAGAUCUGGAUCUGAGCAACAACCAUCUGCAGGAUUCAGGGGCAGCACUUCUGUGUGCUGGACUGGGAAGUCCACAAUGCAAACUGGAGACUCUCAGGCUGAGCGGCUGUAAGCUGUCAGAGGUGAGCUGUGGCGCUCUGGGCUCAGUUCUCAGCUCCCGGUCGUCUCGUCUCAAAGAGCUGGACUUGAGCAGCAACGACCUGCGGGAUUCUGGAGUCGAGGUGCUGUCGGCUGGACUGACGAGUCCACAAUGUCGACUGGAAACUCUGAGGUUGAAUCAAACCAAGCUCACGCCGAGCUGCUGUCGUGUUCUCAGCUCUUUGAGUCUGAGGAAGCUGGAUCUGAGCAACAAUGACCUGCAGGAUUCAGGAGGGAAACUGCUCUCUGUUGGUCUGAGGUCUCAACACCGAAGGCUGGAAAGUUUAAGUUUGUCAGGCUGUUCGAUGGCUGCAGAGGGCUGCGCCUCGCUGGCCUCACAAGUGAAGUCCAACCCGUCCUGUCUGAGAGAGCUGGACCUGAGCUACAACCAUCCAGGAGAGGCAGCAGUCAAGAUGCUGUCUGCUGCUCUGAAGGAUCCAAAAUGGAAACUGGACACUCUCAGUGCGGAUCAUGGUGGUGUUCAGAGGCUGAAACCUGGUUUGGGGAAAUAUGCCUGUGAACUCACUCUGGACCCCAACACAGCACACAAAAAUGUGGUCCUGUCCGAGGACGGCAGAAAGGUGAUGCUGGCGAUCCAGAAGCAGCCCUACCCCGAUCACCCGGACAGAUUCGACUGGUGCUACCAGCUGCUGUGCACGACUGGCCAGACCGGACGCUGUUACUGGGAAGUGGAGCGGGAAGCAGGGGUUGACAUUGGAGUGACCUACAGAGGAGUCAGAAGGAUAGGGGCCCGGGAUGGCAGCAGGCUUGGAUGGAACGACAAGUCCUGGAGUCUAGAGUUCACCGAUCAGUGUGUCAACGCCUGGCACAACAACAUAAGAACAGCUGUUCUCGCUCCUGCAUCCUCCGCCUCGAACAGGGUCGGUGUGUAUCUGGACUGGACCGCUGGCACACUGGCUUUCUACACAGUCACACCGGACUCACUGAUUCAUCUGUACACCUUCUACAGUGAGUUCACUGAGCCGCUCUAUCCAGGGUUUGGGUUCUUGUCACUGGAGUCGUCAGUGUCACUGUGUUAGAGACUAGAAGGAGCCCUGUGCUGCUUGAUGACGUUACCAUCAGGGGUUUGAAUAGGAUUCACAGGCCUGAGGUUUUAUCUGAAAGCAUGAAAAUAACACGACACACGCAUUCUUAGGGCGACACCUUGGUGCAGUAGUUUGAGCAUUUAGUUGUAGAUUAAAUCCAAAAUGUUGCAGAAAUGUUGAAACAAGGCAGCACAUUAGUCCGUCUACCUCCUGACUAUUGUCUCACUGAUUAUUAGUCCAGCUUGAUUUGUCCUUUUUUUUUUGUUUAUCUUUAUUAAGUCUCACAAUCAAAUUUUUCAGUUUUAAUUCUCGUUCAUGCAGACAGACACAGUUCAGAGGUACAAAACUGACAAAGUUCUGCUGUUCACGGCUCAUUUUAGAACCGUGUUUAUGCAGGAAGUCACUGGUAGACUCAUUUUAGUUCCAUUUCUAUUUCUAAAAGGUCAACAUCGUCUUUCUAAAGUUAUCUUUUUGAUGGUUUGUAAGAUGAAACUCUUCACUGUUCAGCUUAGAAAUAAUGCAGUUAUUGAACGGUGAUACGAUUCUGAAUCAUUUGAUCCUGAAGCAAUACACAGGUUUCACGUUUGUUGUAUAUUUUCUACCACAUGAUUCCUAGUUUUGUUAUACGUAGAAAGAGGCUGAACUAUUCAAAGUAAAAUAUAUAUAUAUUAAAAUACCAGCAUUUUGAUUAAUUUUCAGCUAAAUGAAACAAAAGUUAUAUUCAAGAAAUAUACAGAGAACUUUAACACACUUGUUUAGCAGUAUAACUGUCAGUAUAAGCUGAUUGAAGUGUUUGCUAAUUUAUUUAUUGAUUGUUGAUAGUAAACAGAAAUAUAGUUUGAGACUGUCUAUAAUAAGAAAAGUCAAUAAAUACUGUACAUAGCAUUGUUGUAAAUCAUUUAAUGAAUUUAUACGCUUCUUAUAAAACCUGAACAGGAUAACUGAAGUAAAAAAACGUUUUUUUAAUUAAUUUGUACAAUUAAAAAGAGCCAAACAUACAAAUGUUACAAAAACAAUGUGCAUCGUAUUUCCAUGAUCUAAGUCCCUUUUAUGACAUUUUCACAGGAAACGUUUGUAAAUACUGAAACGUGAACGAUAAGAGAUGAAAUACUGUUUACUGUAAUGAUCCCUGAGAAGAAAAUCACAUGUGGAGGCAAAUCAAACAAACAAGGAAACACUUUUUGAAUCACGAAACAAGUGAAAUACAUGAAAAGAAAAAAGCUUUAAACAGCAUGUACUUUAUAAUAUGUGAGACUAAGUUGGUUAUUUGUGCAAAUACUUAAGCAAAAGUGUCGCAUAAAGGCAGCUCUGUCGGCCACAAACGUAGGCAAGUAUGAAAAAUAAUCUGUAAACUAAGUAAUAAUAGACACAGACGAGUAAAACCGUGCUGUGAUGUGAAGGAAAUAGGCUGGUGAUGUGAAAUAAAGACAUCUGUAAACAGAA